ACUGUUUCGAUCCGAUCUGGCCCUCUGACAAAGGGAUACUUGCACUGCACACCCAUAUUUGAGAGAGUAUUUUUGGGAAAGGACUGAACUGUGUGAGGAAUGAGCACAGCGAGCAGGUGAUCAUCUGCACUCGAACCGACUCUGGCGUUUUGGGCUUGGACAAUGCUUGCAACUUGUGUGGGGAUAUAUCUGUUAUCAUCGUUCCAGCCUUGAAGGAAAGUGCUUGGAUUUUGAACUGCGGGCACUUUCUGAAACACCAUCGCUCAGCGUCGGUCACACAGGAGCGCAGCGCCGUGGCUGGACCUUCCGUUGUUUUGUUGGCCAAAGUGCUUUAGCGAACAAGCUGAGUUUUUUUUAUAAAGUUUUUAAAAAGUGCUACCAAACGGGAAGGACGUGGCUUAAAUGUUCGGAAUCCAGGAGCAUUUGAUGCGAGAAGUGAGCGGAUUAAAAGAGAGAAGUCUUGCGGAGGAGAUGGACCCGGUCCGUUCGUGGGUGCGUAAUGUCGGGGUUGUCGAUGCGAACGUAGCGGCGCAAAGCGGAGUAGCUUUGUCGAGAGCUCAUUUUGAGAAGCAGCCGCCCUCAAAUCUCCGCAAGUCCAACUUCUUCCACUUUGUCCUGGCGCUCUAUGACAGACACGGCCAACCUGUGGAGGUGGAGAGGACGGCCUUUGUGGACUUUGUUGAACAUGACAAGGAGCAGACGGGAGAAAAGACAAACAACGGCACUCACUACAAGCUGCAGCUCCUCUACAGCAACGGGGUUCGCACAGAGCAGGAUCUUUAUGCACGACUUAUUGACUCCGUCACUAAACAGCCCAUAUCAUACGAAGGACAAAACAAGAAUCCAGAAAUGUGCAGAGUUCUGCUCACUCAUGAGGUCAUGUGCAGCCGCUGUUGUGAGAAGAAAAGUUGCGGCAACCGAAACGAGACGCCCUCUGACCCAGUCAUCAUUGACAGGUUUUUCCUGAAGUUUUUCCUAAAAUGUAACCAGAAUUGUCUGAAGACAGCAGGAAACCCGAGGGAUAUGAGGAGAUUCCAGGUGGUCUUGUCCAGCACCGUGAGUGUAGAUGGCCACGUCCUGGCAGUGUCCGACAACAUGUUUGUCCACAACAACUCUAAGCACGGCCGAAGGGCCCGCAGACUGGAGCCCGGCGAGUCUGUGGAGAAUACUAUGGAAUAUGCCACCCCGUGCAUCAAAGCCAUUAGUCCCAGUGAGGGCUGGACCACCGGCGGGGCGAUGGUCAUCGUCAUUGGGGAGAACUUUUUUGACGGCCUGCAGGUGGUGUUUGGCAGCAUGCUGGUGUGGAGUGAGCUGAUCACACCACACGCCAUCCGUGUCCAGACGCCUCCUCGACACAUCCCCGGGGUCGUGGAGGUCACACUGUCUUAUAAAUCCAAACAAUUCUGCAAGGGAGCACCUGGACGCUUCAUUUACACAGCCCUAAAUGAGCCCACUAUAGACUAUGGCUUCCAGCGACUUCAAAAGGUCAUUCCUCGACAUCCUGGUGACCCGGAGAAAUUAGCCAAGGAGAUUCUCCUAAAGAGAGCAGCAGAUCUUGUGGAGGCCCUCUACGGAAAUCCACACAGUAAUCAGGACAUGCUGCUGAAACGUGCAGCAGACAUCGCCGAGGCGCUCUACAGUGUUCCUCGUCCUCACAGUCAGCUGCAGGCGCUGCCCAGCUCACCGGCCCACGGCAGUGUCAUGGGCCUGGGCUCAUAUCCUUCUCAGUUAGGCGUCAGCAUCGGGGAGCACGGACAGAGCAGCCAAGGUUACAUCAGAAAUUCCAGCAGUUUGUCUCCAAGGGGUUACCCAUCAGCCUCCACUCCUCAGCACUCAAGUUACGGGGGCGGCGGAGGGAUGACUGGAGGCUAUGGGACAGUUCCCAUGACCAGUCUCGGAGUCCCUGGCUCUCCUGGUUUCAGCAGUGCCUCCCCCACCGGCUCUCCCUACAUAAUGCCGUCCAGCCCCACCAUACCAGGGAGCUCCAGCUCUUCAUCGUCCCUCUUGCCUUUCUCCUCCUUCCCGUCUGCUGCUAAACAGAAGAGUGCUUUUGCCCCCGUCCUCAGGCCCCAGGGCUCUCCCUCCCCUGCCUGCCCCGCCACAGGGGGGAACAGCUUCAGAGGUAGCCAUCCAACUCACUAUCUGACCCCCCUGUCCGAGCUCACGAAUGCAGUCUAACCCCCUCGUACUAACCGCUCGAAAGUUUGACUGAACAAGGCGGAAAGAAAAGUUGCUGGAUGUACAAUAAUGCAAGAGCUGAUUGAUUAGAAUCAUAGAUUUGGUAUAUUUUUUUCUCUCCAGCGAUGAUGGGCCUGGUUGUUCCCCCGAUGUAAGCAAAGCACCCACACCAAGCUACCCCAGACCACUGCUUCACUUAGCCCCUUUUUGGCAUUUCGAGGGAAGGGAGAACGGAAAAUGUCUCACUUUUGAUCACCGUUUUAAACUUUCCCUCCCGAGCCCCCCCCCCCCCCCAACCUGCCAUUUCUUAGUCCCUUCUUCUUGAAAAGGAUGGGUUUUGAUAACGUCCAAAGAACAGCCAUCUACUUAAGAGGCAAAGCACAUUACAACAGGACAAAGCUCCUUAGCUAACAGCACCAGACUUGACCAGGUAUUGCUGUGUGUGCGUGUGUGUCAAAAGGAAAACUCCAGAUUCAAAAGCAUCUGUAUUGACCUCUGGCGAGCUACCGCAUGCAUCUGAUUCUUCCAACGCGCAUAAACCGCCUUCAGAGACGAACAAUUCUGGUGCAACUUUGCAGCUCUGAGACGCAGGGUGCUGUCUGUCCAUGUGUGGACACCUUUAAUGGCACGAGAAUACGCUGCCUGUGAGUAAGCAAGAGUUUUCUUUUUGUAGUAGAGUUUUUGAUGACAAUUUACAUUCCAGAAAAAUAGACCCUUUAUUUUUUGUUCUGAUCUCUAGGGUUUUACAAGAGAGAACUCUUUGUCUCAGUGGUUAUUACUAAAGGAAUUCAUAUAUUGAUUUAUUUAAGAACAAGCAAUUUAACUUAUUAUAGUUAGUUUAGGGAAUAAUAUAAACGUGUUUUUAUAAAGUGGUCCUUUUCCAACUGUUAAUGAAAUGAAGUUAUCUCAACAAUUGCUAAUUAAUUUGCUAAAUGGUCAUUAGUGGAGAGGAUAAAGUCCGGCACACUUUUUGGAAAUAAAAUGUCCCCAGUUUUCAAGGUUCUAGCAUAAUGAAUUUGUACCCUAAAGAGUGUAUUGUCCUUGUGUAAAGGAAGAAUGUUAGUUAGCCCUAUUCUUUUUCAUUUUACUUAUAAUGCAUGCUUCCUCACACCAGCCCUGAUAUUAUUUCAUUCCACAUUGCAAAUUUGAAUAUGAUUUAACAAUUAUAAUUAAAAUGCCUCAACCCAAUACAGGUGUUUAGUCACUAUGCAGUACAGUAAAUGAAAACAUACAACUGCUCAAUUGAAAAGAACGGGGCGUAUUAGGUGUUAAUGAAUCCAUAUCAUGCUGUUCUUACUCAUUGAUUUGUGUCAUCAGAACACAAACUUCAUUCUCAGGUCGUGAAAACAGAGAACACAAAGAGUAGAUGACACUCUUUUUAGAGUUUGGUUAAUUUAAUUUAUUUAAAAAAUAUUAGCAAUUUAAUAAUGUGUUUUUUUUAAGCCAUCAUCCUUUGAAACGGUACACAAAAUGGUGCAAAUGUGAUUUGUAUAUCUUCAAGGUGUAAUUAUAUUUUGUGCUCCAAAUAAAACAAAUAAGUAAACGUC